AUGGUUACGGUCGAUGACAGACCCCGGUUGACGGAGGAGGAAAAGAAACAGAAUCAUAUUCAAUCCGAGCACAAGCGACGAACGCAAAUCCGCAAUGGCCUCGAAGCCGUCAGUAAGAUUGUACCCGGCUGCGAAAACCUGCAACGGUCCGAGGGCGUGCUGCUACACAAGCUGGUUGAGUUCAUGGCAGUCCACAUGGAGGAGAGACAGAAGAUGAUUGAGGAGCUGGAGAAGUUGGGGGAGGAGGUUGAUCCUCAGAUGAAAGUGUGUCUGAGAAACUUGGAUGACUACCACAAGAACAGGAGUAAGCCGGAGGAAGGCGAGAUGUCGGCUUCGAGGUCGCCGACGAAGGAACCGGGACAGCAGCCGGGGGACCAAGAGGAAGGGGAUGAUUCGCAUGCUGGGUAUUGA